ACCACCACUCUACUACUCACCACAAGGUGGCCAUCAUGUCCAGCGACGGUGACCAUGACAUUCCAUGGGAGAAUCGCCAACUAUUUCGGGGAUAAUGAUGUUGAGGAUUGGGAACACGAGGACGUUGAGGAUUGGGAACAAGAGGACGCUGCAUACUGCAGGGAACAAAUCAGAGCGGGAGGUAGCUUCGCGUUCUACGAUUCGUCCGCAGCAGAAGACGCGCGAGACAAGUUGUACAGCAAAUUCGCAGAGAUUAUGAAGAUGAUCCAAUCAGAGACCUCUCGGUCAGAAGCCAAGAUCAAAGCGGCAUACAAGUACAAGGUCGAAAAACGAAAAGUGGCACUAGCCGCGCGGCGUGAAGCAAAUGAACACGCACGGCAGAUGAAAGAGCUUCAGGUUCGUGAGUUUGAGCUGAGGAAUCAAGCGGCGUCGAGGGAACAUGAGAAGCAGAUGAAGGCACAUGAGGCGGAGAUGCUCAAGAUGGAGAUCCAUUAUACCGCGAUGCAGACUCACCUC